AUGCAGCGACUGGUGGCGGUGUCGGUGGCCGCUGCGGGACCGAGAGCCGAGAGCAGCCGUUGAGAGUCACAGCGCCAAAGCCCCGGCUCAUGGGGGGGACGAUCCUGUCCUGACUGAGGAGCGAGCAGAGGGGGUGGGGUGGGGGAGGCCGAGCCCGAGGUGGUUUGAAGUGAACUCGCAGAAAAAGAAAAAGAACCCAUCGCUCUGAGCUCUGCCGGGUGUCUGACACAUGCGGAAUCCCAUCACCAUGCUUAAGAGUAUCCAAACCAAGGUGUUGUAUGUCAGCUGCCUUUCCCAGUCCACGAUGAGUGCCAAAUCAGCCAUCAGCAAGGAGGUUUUUGCUCCUCAUGAUGAACGGAUGCUUGGAGCAGCCCAGGUCAAACGAAGAACCAAAAAAAAGAUUCCAUUUCUAGCAACGGGGGGUCAAGGGGAGUAUUUGACCUACAUCUGCCUCUCAGUGACCAACAAGAAGCCAUCACUGGUAUAUAUUACCAAAGUCAAGCAGUUUGAAGGAUCCUCGUCCUUUGUGAAGAGAUCACAGUGGAUGCUUGAUCAGUUACGACAAGUAAAUGGCAUCGACUCCAACCGGGAUUGCCCAGAGUUCGACCUAGUGUUUGAAAACGCCUUUGACCAGUGGGUUGCAAGCACAGCCUCUGAGAAAUGCACAUUCUUUCAAAUCCUUCACAAUAUCUGUCAACGAUACCUUGGAGACAAAAAGCCAGAGUUCAUCAACUGCCAAUCUAAAAUCCUGGGAGGUAACAGUAUCUUGCAUUCAGCUGCAGACAGUGUUACUAGUGCAGUCCAGAAAGCCAGCCAAGCCUUGAAUGAGCGCGGUGAAAGGUUAGGACGGGCAGAAGAAAGAAGUGCAGAGAUGAUGAACAGUUCCCAGCAAUUUGCGGAGACUGCACACAAGCUUGCAAUGAAGCACAAAUGCUGAGCAGUUGCCAAACAUUUGGGAGUAAUGAUCAGGACAGACAGACUUCACAUGACAGAAGAGACAGAAGUUUCCCAAUGUACAUUUCCCAAGACGGAAAUUUAUUCUUCAAACUUGAUGCUGCCAAUAUUAGAAUCUGUUUCAAUGGGUAUUUUUUUUAAUUUGAAUUUGCAUUGUUUAAACAGGAAGAAUACAGGCUUGAUCUUUUUCAGUGUCUUUAGAUUUCCAGGCUAUUCGCGCUCUUGACUGGUUACAGCUGUAGUAAGCUUUCGUGUUACACAAACAGCUUUUAAUCAAUGUAGUGUUGUAUUACACAGUAACAAAGGAAAUGUUUCAACAAUUGAUGCUAUUUUUGAAGAAAGUCUUCAAUAAUCCUUGGGAACAGUGUACUUUUGGCCGACGUUUCGAAGUGCAAUGUGACGAACUGUGACCAAACAUGUUGUGCUCAUUAUAAUGGCACAACCUCUCAUUUUAAAAUCAACCAGUAAUUGUCCUGGCUUCUGGCAAAUGCACGCCAGGUCUGUCUGUAUGACUGGAAAUCAGCUGGGAAAAUGCCUGACUGACUAUACAUGCAAUGAAGGAAAUUUAAGCUUUUGAAGCCUCCCAUUGGAGAUUAGCAGCAGCAUAUUUAAGUAGUGUACAGAAAAAAAAUUCAGGUCCAUGUUUCAUAUUGAAGAAUGUAUUUGUAAAAUGUCAGGUUCAGGUAGUUUCUGAGGAGACUGUCUCACUUACUGAUGUAGUUCUCUAAUGCUGAACAUUACUGAAGAAUUGUGUAAAACGGCAGUUCUGCCGGUUCAAAUCUCUUGUUAAUCCUAAUUGUUGUCGCAACAAAGUUUGUGCUGUAGAAUUCUGUGCACUUUUCUUCAGUCUGUGGGUUAGUGCUCUGUUUAUCUACUGUUUCAAGCCUUAAUGUCAUUAAAACAUUUUGAUUG